AUGACUAGAAGCUGCGUAACAAGUAAGCCUUGGAUUGGUAUUGCUGCGUACUUAGCAUCGAUUCUUGGUACUGUAGCUGCUUUUGGUAUUCUGCUACUGUUUGGUAUGGAGUAUAUUGAUUUUAACGUAGCAGUUCCCUUACUUGUUUUAGGAAUAGGUUUGGACGAUUCGUUCGUCAUACUAUCAGCUUGGAGAAAAACUAAUCCAGAAGAUCGUAUGAAGAAGCGAAUAGGUGAUGCGUAUUCUGAAUCUGCCACUUCGAUUACAAUAACCACACUGACUAAUAUCGCUGCAUCGUUAAUCGGAUUUACAAUUCCGUAUCGAAUAGCUAAAGUAAUAUUUACAUAUACAGCAGUCAGUUUUAUAUUUACUUAUUUGUAUCAACUGUCGCUUUUCGGUGGAUGUCUGGUAUUUAGUGGAUACAGAGAAAGUAAAAAUCUCCAUGCUAUAUAUUGUAAACCUGUGAAAUGGGAUCAAAAGUUAG